AUGUCGACUCAAGCUUUCAGAGUUGUUUUGGCUGGUACAAAAAAUGCUAGUUUUGUCAAUGUUAGGGGAUUCAAUUCCAGCGCGUUACUCUUCGCAAAGAAGAAGGCCAAAGCUGCGAAAGGUGGAAAGAACUCGACAGAAGAGCCUCUCGAAGUCAUUGACGUGAAGAAAUAUGUCAAAGAUGCCACAAAUCAAUUUGAAAAGACCUUAGAGCUUCACAAAAAGAAGCUUGCGGAGAAAAAGAUAGGUACGGCAAGCCCAGCGAUAUUUAAUGAUUUAAAGGUUGGAAAGGAUGGACAGAAAUUUACUAAUGUUGCUGCGACAAGUUUAAAGGGCAGAAACUCUCUCAUUGUUACUGUCUUUGACCCUAAAGAUACUAAAAACGUGGUUAGUGCCAUCAUGGGCGCUGGUAUGAACCUAAACCCAGAGAGAAUUCCAAAUAAUGAUCAACAGUUGAAAGUUUCCUUACCACCAAUUACAACUGAGACUCGUCAAGCAUUAUGUAAAGACUUGAAAAAGGUAUUUGAAGAUUAUAAACACUCCGCAAUGAAAGACUCUUUGGGUCAUAUUAGAAGUGAAAUUAUGAAAGACUUAAAGCACCUUGAAAAAAAGAAUGAUGAUGUAAAAAAGGUUAUUCAAGACAUAGAGAAAGUUCACAAGGAGUAUGUCAAUAAACUUCAGGAACAAUUAAAACAAGCAGAGAAAAGUAUUAUGAACCAAUAG